CAUCUGCGGCAGUCCAAAGCGUUCGUAUUCACUUCCACCCACCCGUGACCGGGAGCCGAAACCGAAGAGGCAACCAACAGUACAAAACAAUCCACAGCGCCGCCGCACCGGCACCUAGCGAGAGUCCUUGGAAGCAAGCGAAGCGGCGGCGAGCGAGACCCCGGUGCGGCGGACCGCUCGCUCGUGUUGCAACUUGGAUGGCGUCUGGAGGCAUCGCCCGCGGCCGCCUCGCCGAGGAGCGCAAGUCGUGGCGCAAGAACCACCCCCACGGAUUCGUGGCCAAGCCGGAGACCCUGCCGGAUGGGACCGUCAACCUCAUGGUCUGGAAGUGCGUCAUCCCCGGCAAGCAAGGCACUGACUGGGAGGGUGGGUAUUUUCCCUUGACUUUGGAGUUUAAUGAUAAUUACCCAAGUAACCCUCCCACCUGCAAGUUUCCGGCAGGUUUCUUCCACGUCAAUGUCUACAACACUGGGGCAGUAUGCCUAUCAAUCCUGAGUAGUGGUUGGAAACCAUCAAUUACCGUAAAGCAGGUUCUUGUAGGCAUCCAGGAGUUGCUUGAUGACCCAAAUCCUAACUCUGCUGCACAGGGUUUUUGUAACGAACUCUAUAAAAAGAAUAUGCCAGAGUACAAGAAUCGUGUUCGACAACAGGCGAAGCAAUAUCCUUCACGGGUGUAACCAUGAACCAUCUGCAAGAUACUCCCAGCUGAAUAUUACUAGCAUGCAUUUUGGUGGAAUUGAAGUUAUGAUGUUAUACAUCCUCUUUUUUUCUGAUUUGAUGCUACUUAUUAGCACCAUAGUACUCGUGUUUAUUGAAAACUUCUAAAAUGAACCUCCAAUCCAUCUUCGUUA